UGUGCAUCUUGCUUUGGGCUUCUGCUUGCAUUUCCAGCUGCUGUCGCCAUGAGUUGCAACGUUAAGGAGACUAUUACUGUGUCUAGCAAAGGCAGGAGCAGUGGUGGCAGCUGUAUCAUUGGUGGUGGUGGUGGAGCACGGAUUUCUUCCUAUGGGAUAGGCAGUAGCAGAGGUUUUUCUGGAAGGAGCUACUGCGGUGGAGUGAAUUAUGGAGGGGGACUGAGUGUUGGUAGCUUGGCUGGUGGGAGCUAUGGAGGUGGCAACUGCUAUGGCAACGGCCUUGGUUUUGGCCUUGGAGGCGGUGUGGUGGUUGGUGGUCUUGCUGGCGACUGUUUGCUUUCAUCCUGCGAUGAGAAGGUCACCAUGCAAAAUCUCAACGACCGCCUGGCCUCCUACCUGGACAAGGUGAAGUGCUUGGAGAAGGAGAAUGCUGAACUGGAGUGCAGGAUCAGAGAGUGGUACGCCACACAGGGCAUCUCCUGCGAGCCCCGGGACUACAGCUGCUAUUACAAAGAAAUCGAAGACCUGCAGAAUCAGAUUGUCUGUGCAACCAUUGAUAACAACAAGAUCAUUCUGGACAUUGAUAACAGCAGGAUGGCUGCUGAUGACUUCCGUGUGAAGUACGAGACGGAGCUGGCCCUGCGCCAGAGCGUGGAGGCCGACAUCAACGGCCUGCGCCAGGUCCUGGACCAGCUGACGCUCUGCAGGUCGGACCUGGAGGCCCAGCUGGAGUCGCUGCGGGAGGAGCUCUGCUGCCUGAAGAAGAACCACGAGGAGGAAAUGAAUUGCCUGAGAAAACAAUCAACUGGAGAUGUGAGUGUGGAGGUCAAUGCCUGCCCGGGACCAGAUCUCAGGCAGAUCUUGGAGGAUCUGAGAUGCCAGUAUGAGACGCUGAUAGCGCGCAACCGCAAGGAAGUGGAGGAUUGGUACGAGUGCAAGAUUGAGGAGGUGAAUCGGGAGGUUAUUACAAGCGGUCAGGAGGUGGAGACGUGCAACAACCAGGUCACUGAACUGAGACGCCAACUGCAAGCCCUGGAAAUCGACCUCCAGGCUCAGCUCAGCCAGGUGGGUGCUGAAAAUAAUUUGGAAUCCUCUCUGGCUGAGACUGAGUGCCAGUACAACACCCUCCUGGGUGACCUACAGAACCAGAUCACGUGUGUGGAGCAGCAGUUGGCUGAAAUUAGAGCGGAAAUAGAGUGUCAGAACCAAGAGUACAAGACCUUACUGGACGUCAAGUGUCGCCUGGAGCAGGAGAUUCAGACCUACCGGUGCUUGUUGGAAGGAGGACAGCAGGAUCUUAUACAUGGAGGAGGAAUCGGAGUAGGAACUGGUGUAGGAGGAGGAGUCAUUAGGACAAGCCACACAUACACUACGACUUCAACCUCCCAUUGCCAGCCCCAGGUCACACCCUGCAAGACUGGAGACAUCCAAGUGACCUGCAGGAGAAUUUGUGAUUAAGGAGGAAUGGACUAGAAGAUGAAACA